AUGUCGACCGAAAUUGACCCGAAGAAAAUCAUCGCAGAAGUGUCCGGUCAUGAUAUUGAUCAGUGGGUGCGCACAGCUUCCUUCACGCCGGAAGUUGAAGAGUCCAUCCGUGGCCACAUUCACCAGGAGCUGACUAGUUGGCUCUUCUUCCGCAAAUUGGGUGCUGAUUGUGCCCGCAGCAACAUCUCCUUGCAUGGAUUCGCGAGACUCUGGGAGCGCUCGGCGGAAGAGUGCUUGGCUGACUUCAAGUGGCUAGAGAAAUACCUUCUAUCACGUGGAGGACGUUCGAAGCCUACGUCAAUUGAAGCUACUACGUUUGAGUGGCCUGACAACCCGAUUGAGCCAGUCGGUCCCUGUAAAGAAGCAUUCUUCGUGGAGAAGAAGCUGUUGGAGGACCUGGAACGGCUUUGUUCGUUAGCAGACAAAUCUGGGGACGUUGCAUUGACGGAUGCCAUUCAAAGCAGAUUCAUGCGCAAGGAGACAAGGCACGUCAAAAGCCUCGCAGACCUCCUACGACAGGUAGUGCGAGCCUCCAAGCAGCCUGGCCUUGGUAUCUACCUCCUCGACCGGGAACUACGGGAUAGCGAUGGUAUUGUCCCGUGGGAUUGCGUUAAUGACCCUCGCCAACAGGGUAAUGACCCUGCAGAGGUCUGA